CGCCAAUAAAAACAGUAGAAGAAGACAGAAGAAGAAGAGGUAGCAUCACAGUUAGCUUCAUGCAAACCGCAGCCGUGUAACCUAACGGGAUGUCUACAGCCUCCAAAGUGGUUCUGACGGUUUCUGUGGUUUUGACUCUGAGCACGGUGGCUUGGGUCCACCUCAAACAGGCCUGGGACCGAGAGCGCCUCCGUGAGGGCGUAGUCCGGGACCUGGAGCGGCUGCAGCGCAAGAGAGAGAACCUGCGGCUGCUGGAGGAGCAACAAGUUCUGACCCGGCAGCUGGAGGAGGAGAGGCAGCGGCGAGAGGCUGAGCUUCAGCCGUAGGACACCUGAGGAAG